CUUAUUUUACCAGACCAAAAUAUAUAUAGAUGGCGUACUGUUAGCAUCAGGUCGUGUCGGCAUUUGCUGGUAACAUUUUUGCAAAAUUCACACAGUUUUAAAUUUUUUUAAUUUGUCUGUGUUGUAAAGUAAAUAGAGUAGUGUCUCCUGCUUAGGGUGGUUUAAGAGCCGAUCCAGGAUUGUGAUUCGUUCUGUGUUAAUUGAUAAUUUUCUUCGUCUAACCUCUAUACAAUCGCCAUUUGUAAUGGGUUUGUCAACGACAGACAUACGAGAAAUAAAAUCAACUAUUUAACGAGAAAUUUGUGCAAGAAAUUAUUGAAAAAGUCACAUCUGCUGUAGAGAGGAAGUUUGAAGAGAAACUCAACUCUCAAAAUCAACAAAUUAAGACCCUCACUAAUAAUACAUGGGAGCUGCGUAAGGAAAACGAUAGCCUACGCAAAAGUAUGGAGUCUCGGGAGCAGGCAGUGCGCAGCAUGAAUAUACGUAUUCAAAGAAUGGAUGUCCAAAAAGACGAAAACAUUCGGUCACGAGUUAUUCGCCUAUUUACGAACACAUUAAAGAUAAACGUCCAAAAUUCUGGUAUAAAAAAGUGUCACCGAGUACCGUACAAGAAUCCCGGAAAUAAGCCACCUGCAGUGCUAGUGAGGUUUACAUCGGAUUCGGUGCGUUUAUCAGUACUGAAAAAUAAAAAGAAUUUAAAAAAACUCUGGUAUACCUAUAAAAGAGGAUUUAACAAAAACGCGUUUAUUAUUACUUAAUAGUGCUAUAAGUGCCUUUUCGUACAAGAAUGCGUGGGCAUUAAAUGGUAACAUUUACGUAAAACAUAACAAUGACGUUCAUUAUGUAUCACAGGAGGCGGACAUUGAAAAAGUAUUUAGCAGGCAAUGAACCAUAAACUAUAUUAUAGCAAAGAAAAAAUGGAAACGUUUGAACGACAGUUUUCGGAAUGAAUUAAAGAAAGAAUGCAAACCAAAACCUGGGGACGCCCAAGGCUCACCAUGUAAGCCCCAAUGGAAAUGGUUCAAAAACAUGGAAUUUUUACAAGUAUGGAAGAAAACUUGAAAAGUGACUCCUCGUAUUUCACACAGGAAGAGUCUCAGCGUGAAACCGAGUCUAUUGAUGGUGGGGUGAUGAGAUCCGAAUUGUAUUGAAUUCUUAUCAAUACAAUUUUUUAAAACGUA